CCCUGCAAUAAAGCGGGCCAAUCCUGCUUUAUACAAACUUCUUACGCUUUCUCUUCGCGGGCCUGAGUGCCCUUUUGAGCAAAACCAGCAAACAUGGCUGCCCCAGCUCCUGGUGAACAGCGUACCGGUUUCGAUGACCGCGCCUUCGACACGAAGAUGCAGGCCUUCCUGGGCAACAACCAGGACCAGUUCUACACCGACUGGGAGGAGAGCUUUGAGAGCUUCGACCAGAUGAACCUGCACGAGAACCUGCUGCGCGGCAUCUACGCCUACGGUUUUGAGAAGCCCUCGGCGAUUCAGUCGAAGGGUAUCGUGCCCUUCACCAAGGGUCUGGAUGUCAUCCAGCAGGCUCAGUCCGGCACGGGCAAGACGGCCACCUUCUGCGCCGGUAUCCUGAACAACCUGGACUACAACAUGGUUGAGUGCCAGGCCCUGGUGCUGGCCCCCACCCGUGAGCUGGCGCAGCAGAUCGAGAAGGUCAUGCGCGCCCUGGGCGACUUCCUGCAGGUCAAGUGCCACGCCUGCGUGGGUGGCACCAGCGUGCGCGAGGAUGCCCGCAUCCUGGGCGCUGGCGUGCAGGUCGUGGUCGGCACCCCCGGCCGCGUCUUCGACAUGCUGCGCCGCCGCUACCUGCGCGCGGACAACAUCAAGAUGUUCGUCCUGGACGAGGCCGAUGAGAUGCUGUCCCGCGGUUUCAAGGACCAGAUCUACGACAUCUUCCAGCUGCUGCCGCCCAAGCUGCAGGUUGGUGUGUUCUCGGCCACCCUGCCCCCUGAGGCCCUGGAGAUCACCCGCAAGUUCAUGAACAAGCCGGUGCGCAUUCUGGUCAAGCGCGAUGAGCUGACCCUGGAGGGUAUCAAGCAGUUCUACGUGAACGUGGACAAGGAGGAGUGGAAGCUGGACACCCUGUGCGACCUGUACGAGACCCUGGCCAUCACCCAGUCGGUCAUCUUCGCCAACACUCGCCGCAAGGUGGACUGGCUGACGGACAAGAUGCGCGAGCGCGACCACACCGUGUCCGCCACCCACGGUGACAUGGACCAGAACACUCGCGAUGUGAUUAUGCGCGAGUUCCGUUCCGGCUCGUCGCGUGUGCUGAUCACCACGGAUCUGCUGGCCCGCGGCAUCGACGUGCAGCAGGUCUCCCUGGUCAUCAACUACGACCUGCCGACCCAGCCCGAGAACUACCUGCACCGCAUCGGUCGCUCGGGCCGCUUCGGACGCAAGGGUGUGGCCAUCAACUUCGUCACCAAGGACGACGAGCGCAUGCUCCAGGACAUCCAGCGGUUCUACAACACCGUGAUUGAGGAGCUGCCCUCCAACGUUGCCGACCUCAUCUAAGCGCUUCAUGCGCUUGCUUGGGACCAUGGGCCCAAGUCAUAGCCUGCAGGAUGCGUCGGCGCGCCGUUUGCGCGCUGCCCCGCUGCUGUUGUGCUGUAUGUGCUUCAUUUGCUUCAAUGCCGCAGUGUUGCGCGCCUUUGCUGGAGGAAGUGUGCAUGUUCCUGUAGCUAGAGAGGCGGCGUGCGGUUGCGGCUUUUGAGGUAUUUGUCGAGCCCAAUUGAGGCAUGGGUCAUAAUGACUGCUGCGCCUCCACGCUGCUGAUUCUACGUUAUCCUGCUGGCUCUACCGCUACCCACUGACUGCUGCGUUCUUGUAAGGGCCAUUGUCCUCUCUUGU